AAAGUGCCAUUUUUCACUUAGAAACCAAAUCCUUCAAUCUCUUCCCUAAUCCAACCAAUCACAACGUUAAUCCCCGAGAUUACCGUACACACUGUGAAGCAAAAAUCGGACCCAUUAAUUGGCGCCAAAUCUAUUCGUUCUUUUCUCUCUCUUCAAGUUCCAACUUUUUUCACUCUCAAACCCUAAAAUCCCAAUCAAUCGCUCCCAUUCCCAAUUCCUAGGGUUUUCACAAACAACUCUUCAACCAUUCGCUUCCCAAUCUUCCAAUAGCACUCACCAUCGUUCUCCGUCACUUGCAAUGGCGGAAUCUCGCCCACCUAAGCGCCACAAAAUUAGCAGGGGUGAUGAUGAUUAUAUGCCUGGAAACAUUCUAGAGAUCGAGCUUCAUAAUUUCAUGACAUUUGAUUACUUAAAAUGUAAACCUGGGCCUCGGUUGAAUCUCGUAAUUGGGCCUAAUGGUUCUGGAAAGAGUUCUCUUGUAUGUGCUAUUGCUCUGGGCCUAUGUGGAGAGCCCCAGUUGCUUGGGCGAGCCACGAGUGUCGGGGCAUAUGUGAAGAGGGGAGAAGAGUCUGGGCACGUUAAGAUUACCUUAAGAGGAGACCAGAAAGAAGAGAACAUUACGAUUAUGCGUAAAAUAAAUACUAGCAACAAGUCUGAAUGGUUUUUCAAUGGAAACAUUGUGGCCAAAAAGGAUGUGGCGGAAACCAUUCAGAGGUUUAACAUCCAAGUAAAUAAUUUGACUCAAUUUUUACCACAAGAUAGGGUCUGUGAGUUUGCAAAGUUAACUCCUGUGCAACUUCUGGAAGAGACUGAAAAGGCUGUUGGUGAUCCACAGCUUCCAGAGCAACAUCGUGCACUCAUCGAUAAAAGUCGUACAUUAAAGCAUGUUGAACUGUCUCUUGAGAAAAAUGAAGGAACUUUAAAUCAGUUGAAGGAACGUAAUGCUGAAUUAGAGAAGGAUGUUGAACGUGUUCGUCAAAGAGAUGAACUUCUUGCCAAGGCCGAAUCAAUGAAAAAGAAAUUGCCAUGGCUGAAGUAUGAUAUGAAGCAGGCAGAAUAUCGUGAAGCUAAAAAACGUGAGAAGAUUGCAGCAAAGGAGUUUCAGAAAGCUGCAAAAUUAUUAAAUGAACUUAAAGAGCCUAUUAAUAAACAAAAGGAUGAGAAGGCUACAUUAGAAGCAAAAUGCAAAAAGGUUAAUAACCGAAUAGACGAGAAUGCCAAGAAGAGAAUGGAUCUUAAGGAGAAAGAGAACCGAUUGGAAGUGGAAUUACAAGGAAAGUACAAAGAGAUGGACGAGUUGAAGAGGCAGGAAGAAACUCGGCAACAGAAAUUUAUCAAUGCUAGGGAGGAACUUGCUGCUGCUGAACUUGAACUUAAGAAUCUAGACCCUUUUCUACAUCCCAAGGAUGAGCUUGCAAGACUGAGAGAGGAAACUCUGGAGUUGGAUGGUUUUGCUACUCAAGCGAGAGAAAAUAAGUCACAAACAGAAAACGAAAUAAAGGUUAAAAGGUCCUCCUUGGAAAGGUGUCAAGACAGGUUGAAAGAAAUGGGUAAUAAAAGUACCAAUUGUUUGCAUGCAUUAAAAAGAUCUGGGGUUGAAAAAAUUGUUGAUGCUUAUGAUUGGGUCAAAGCGCAUCGCCAUGAAUUUAACAAGGAAGUUUAUGGUCCAGUAUUACUAGAGGUGAAUGUCCCAGAUCAGUCUCAUGCUGGAUAUCUAGAGGGUCAAGUUGCUUGGUACACUUGGAAGUCUUUCAUAACACAGGAUCCUCGUGAUCGGGAUUUUUUGGUGAACAACCUACGGAAUUUCGAUGUACCAGUUUUAAAUUACACUCGUGAUAGCCGACAAAGAGAGCCGCCUCCUGAAAUAUCUCCCGAUAUGCGUGCUCUUGGUGUCUACUCCCGUUUGGACCAAAUUUUUGAUGCUCCUUUUGCUGUCAAGGAGGUUUUGAAUAGCCAAUCUAAUCUUGAUCGUUCAUUCAUUGGAUCGAAAGAAACUGAUCAGAAAGCUGAUGGGGUCCCAAAAUUAGGAAUUACUAGUUUAUGGACACCAGAAAACCACUAUCACUGGUCUAUGUCUAGAUAUGGAAAUCAUGUCUCAGCAAUUGUGGAACAAGUGCAACGCCCAAAACUUUUACUGAAUAAUUUGAAUGUGAGGGACAUUGAGGAUCUGAAGUCCCAGGAAAGGGAUCUUAAAGAACAAAUUGCUUCCUCGGAGGAAAGUGUCAAACGGUUUAAAGACGAGGAAAGAAGCUUUAUGAAUCAGGCUGCUAAUCUUCGUAAACAGAGUGAAGCCAUUCGUAGGGAAGCACAAAUAAAGAAACAAGAGCGAGAAGCAAUAAAUAGGCGUAUUGAACAAAAGAAAGCAAAACUGAAAUUGAUGGAGGAGCAAGAUGAUUUGGACACUGAGUUAGCAAAGCUUGCUGAUCAGGCAACAGAAUGUAACAUUCAGCGUUUCCAUAAUGCAAUUAAAAUUAAGGAUCUUCUUGUUGAAGCUGCGGGUUACAGACGAAAUUAUGUUGAACAACGUAUGACUUGCAUUGAAUUUGAUGCAAAGAUUAAAGAAGUGGAGGCCAAUAUCAAGCAGCAUGAAGAUUUAGCUCUGCAGGCAUCAUUGCAAUUUAACAACGCUAAGAAAGAGGCUGAAGAAUGUAGACAGAACCUUACAGAUUUAUUGAACUAUGCUAAGUCAAUUGCUCGGCUUACACCUAAUCUAGAGAAGGAAUUUCUUGAGAUGCCUACUACAAUUGAGGAGUUGGAAGCAGCUAUCCAAGAUACAACUUCUCAAGCCAAUUCAAUCCUUUUUGUCAAUUCUAACAUAUUGGAACAAUAUGAGGAUCGUCAAAGACAGAUAGAAGAUCUUGCAACUAAACUUGAUGCAGACAAGAAGGAAUAUGAAAGGUGUAAAGCCGAACUUGAGAACAUUAAGGGAAAAUGGCUCCCAACACUGAGAAACCUUGUGGCCAAGAUAAAUGAAACUUUUAGUCAAAAUUUUCGACAGAUGGCUGUUGCCGGAGAAGUUUCAUUAGAUGAGCAUGAUAUAGACUUUGAUCAAUAUGGAAUACAUAUAAAAGUCAAAUUCAGAGAAAAUGGAGAGCUUGAAGUUCUCAGUGCCCAUCAUCAAUCUGGAGGGGAGCGAUCAGUUUCAACUAUUGUUUAUCUUGUUUCCCUUCAAGAUCUUACAAACUGCCCAUUUAGAGUUGUUGAUGAGAUCAAUCAAGGGAUGGACCCAAUAAAUGAAAGGAAGAUGUUUCAGCAAUUGGUGAGAGCAGCAAGCAAGCCAAAUACACCACAGUGUUUCUUGCUUACCCCAAAGUUGUUACCAGAUCUCCAAUAUAGUGAGGCUUGUAGCAUAUUGAAUGUAAUGAAUGGCCCUUGGAUUGAACAACCCUCAAAGGUCUGGACUACUGGUGAUCGAUGGAGUACUAUCACUGGGCAUGUUGGAGAGACCCGAUGUUAAAGUAAAAAAACAUGUUGAAGUUGCAGCGAUUGGGAUCAAUAGUGCUUAAUUAGCAUUUUGUAUAGUUUUGUGGAGAUAGAAAAUUAAGUUUGCAUUGGAGGGAACUUGCUUUUGUUUCAAUGAUAGGAUUGGAUAUACCUAACAAUGUAAAAAUAUCUUUCCUAUUUGUUUUUGUUGCUGAUUUUAGGAUUAACACAGCAGUUACUCCUACUAUUGCUUGUGCAACCGUGAGGUUUUGUUACUUGCUUAUGUAAUUUCUUAUUUACUCAA